AUGUGUCCUCUUUAGCACUAUUUCUAGUAAAAUAUUGCUAUCGAUAAAUAACAUUUUUUCACCUUUUUUUGCAACUACCAUCUUAAUUUAUGACAUCUAUUAUGAACUCUAAAGAGAAUAUAGGUGUAUUUAACGUAUGUGUAUAUUUAACAUGCUUCCAUUUUCUUCACUUGAAAAUUUUGUCUCUUUCUUUCCUGAUAAUAGAGAAGUGAUGAUCCAAGAACUCACAAAGUUGCAAAAUCGUAUGGGCCAUGUUCAGUCCCUCACAUCUGCAGUUAGCGACCGUUUUAGUCAGUUGGUUGCAAACCAUCGAAGAUUUCUCAUGCUUACCCAGAUGUGUGGUGGUAACCAGGAAUCUACCACUCAGCCACUUCGUGAACGUCUAGAAGAUCUAGUUAAUAAUAAAGUAGAUGCUGAGAAAUCUGAGCCUUCCACACAACAACAGGCCAUUGACAGACUAGAAGAACUGGUGAAUGUGACAGCUGAGAGUGACAAGGUGGUGAGUGUGAACAUUUUAUAUUCUCUUGACAUAUGUGCACUAACACAGGAUGCACAUUAAACUGUAUAUAACCUGUGUGGCUUUUUAGCAAAGAAGAACAAAGCGUUUAUGUGCAUGUGAUGAUUUUACAUAUAUAGUACUGUAGUUGCAUUUCAUUUUGUAUGCAGGUCAACUGACAUUUCUGGAUUCUAAUCAGUUUAACAUUCAUUAAUUGAACAGGAAUGCAUUAGCUAGCUGUGAGGAUAGUUGUCAUUUUCAGCAAAAGUGAAGAAUUGUUGGGUUCUGUCAGAAUUAUUUGCAUAAUGCAGUAAAUCCCUAAUAUAAGUUUUAGCUCUUGUGUUCUUAAGAUAGGAAUUGGAAAAUAUAGUUUUUAACAAAUCUACAAACCCUUACUUUAACAGAAGUCAUAUUUUAAGAUCUGGAGAAGAAAAACCCAAUGAAUUUUGAAUCCUUAUUAAUGAUCAGGUUUUUGGUUGAAGCGUCUCUAACUAAGUUGUAUGCCUUCUCUCAUUCUUUAGGUUUAUGACCAUUUUAGUCAUGAAUAUAAGCAGACAUAUCAGUGCUUUUCUUCUGCCAACUAAUAUCUAUGCUUUUGUUUCUUAUGUUCUGACCAUUAAUUGUUCUUUGAGUGAAUGUUUUUUUUUCCAUUUUAUUUUAAUAAGAAUUUUCCUCAUGGAUAUGAUAUGUAUUUUUUUGUGUGUUGUGCUUCUUAAUAUGUGAUGAUGUUAGUACUUCAGUAAUUAUUAACAUACUGUACUUUGGUUUUUCUGUUUUAAUUACUAGUGAUGUAGGAAUUUAGGAUGGUUUGGUGUUAUCAAGAUCAUUUUGAUUCAGUGUUUUUACUGUGGCUUGCUCUGGCAGGGAAAAUGUGUGCGGUCAUGGUUGUUUUGACCUAUAGUCAACCUCCACUAGCCACGGUCUUGCAAUUCGUGGACUCGCCUAUUUGUGGAUUUCUCUAUGGAAAAUUUGCCUGUUCUCUGUAUUUUUCAGAGAAAUAUUCACUAAUUAGCACUGUAUUUUCCUAUAAUUUUCAUUUUGUUUCAUCAUGAAAUGAUAAAAGUAUUAAAAUACUCGGGUACAGUAGAAACCUGGUCCUGGACCAUACUAGAACUGGAAAUAAUUGGAUUUCAACGUUAAUUUUGUGUAAAUUUUGCAUCAGCUCAAACAAAAACCGGAAUCCGACCCAGUGAAAUCAUGAUUUUUGUAAAUAUGCUCGUUUAAAGCCCGCUCGCUUUGCUGCUAUUGUUUUGAGCAAGUAGUACAUGCUUGUACAGGUAUUUCCUUAGUUUUUGUGGCUUUCUAUAGUGUACUAUUUUGAUUCAAUCAUUGGUCCCAAGACAGCCAUUGCAGAUAAGCAGCAGAGGAAAACGUUAAGAACCACAAUCGAGCUUAAGAACGUUAUUGGAAAUUUUUAUGAAAGAGGCAUUUGUGUAAUAAUCUUAAAAUUCUGCCAAGAUUUGUAAUAAUAGGCUAACCCUUGAUUUGUCGAUAUUUGUGUCAAUAGGUAACUACCAUUACAACUAUAUUGACAAACUAUCAACACUAAACAAAACAUCUGUAUGUAAUAUGUAAUGGUUAGAACCGUAGGUUAUUCAAGUGAAUCACUAGUGAUACCACUUUUGAUACUUCAAACAAAACAACUGUAAUUACGUUAAUUACCAUGGCUAAUUACCAUAAUUAGACUAGG